CCACCCACCCACCUCCACCUUCCACCCCUACCCAGUGCAGUAGCAGCCAUGGCCAAGCAGCACCUCGCCAAGGGCAUCGGCCGCAUGUCCGAGAUGAUCAUGACCAAGGGCAAGGGCUCGUGGAUCUGGACGAGCGACAACCGCAAGCUGCUGGACUUCACGAGCGGCAUCGCCGUGACCAGCGUGGGCCACUCGCACCCGAAGGUGGUGGCCGCAGUGCAGAAGCAGGCGGCCACGCUCGUGCACGCGCAGGUGAACAUCGGCUACCACCAGCCCAUGCUGGACCUGACGGAGAAGCUGCUGCCGGUGCUGCCCAAGAGCCUGGAUUCGCUCUUCUUCGCGUGCAGCGGCUCGGAGGCCGUGGAGAACGCCGUCAAGCUGGCGCGCCACGCCACGGGCAAGAGCAGGGUGAUCGCGUUCCAGGGCGGCUACCACGGCCGCACGGUCGGCACCAUGAGCCUCACGUCGAGCAAGACGGUGUACAGCGCCGGCUUCGGUCCGCUCAUGCCCGGCGUCACGUUCGUGCCGUACCCGUACGCGCUGCACGGCCCGAUCCACGACGAGGAGAAGAACUCCGAGUGGUGCCUGGAGCAGCUGCGCCUGGCGCUCAAGCAGCAGUCGGCGCCGCGCGACACGGCGGCCAUCAUCAUCGAGUCGGUGAUGGGCGAGGGCGGCUACGUCGUGCCGCCCAAGAGCUUCAUGAAGGGUCUGCGCGAGAUCGCGUCGGAGAACGACAUCCUGCUGAUCGCGGACGAGGUGCAGUCCGGCUUCGGGCGCACGGGCGACUACUUCGCCAUCGACAGCUACUUUGACGUGCAGCCGGACAUCCUGGCCUUCGCCAAGGGAAUUGCUGACGGCUACCCGAUCAGUGGCAUUGCCAGCCGCAAGGAGCUGACGGACACGCAGCCUGCUGGGUCGAUGGGCGGCACUUACGCCGGCAACGCCGUGGCGUGCGCUGCUGCCAUUGCGACGCAGGAGGUCAUUGCGGAGGAGAACGUGCUGGAGAACACGCGCGCUCGUGGUGCGCAGCUGCGCGCCGGCCUCGACAAGCUCAAGGCGUCGGGCAUGUACCCGAUUCAGGACGUGCGUGGCCUGGGUCUGAUGCUCGGCAUCGAGUUCGACCUCGCGAAGGCCCCGAUAGGCACGGCCAACAAGAUCUCGGCGGCGUGCCUGGACCACGGCAUGAUGCUGCUGACCACGAGCAUCUACGAGACCCUGCGGUUCAUGCCCGCGCUUACGGUGACGGAGGACGAGUGCGCGCUUGCACUGGAGAUUUUCGAGAAGGCUCUGGACGACGUGUUCGCGAAGUAGACGUGUUAGGUCCUAGUAACCCGAUCAAUGU